CAUACACAUGAGAACGUGUGAAAAGGAAACAGAAAUUAAAAAGUCUUUCUAUUUUUAUUUAUAUUUAUUAAAGUAUAUAAUUCAUAGUAAUUAAUCAAUAGAUUCAUAUUGCAGCGUGAAACAUGUCGAAUAAAUUCGAAGCUAGUACUUGCAGGUUAAAGGCUAAUGAAGACAAUGGAGAUGAUGAAACACAGUCAAAAGAUAAUCAAAAAACUGAGAAAGAUUCACUACCUCCUAUAGAAAUUAAUCCAAAUGAGCACAAAUUACAAUAUGCAUAUGCAUUAUGGUAUAGUCGACGCAGUCCUGGUAAACAACCAAGUAUACAAAGUUACGACCAAAAUUUAAAAUUGGUUGGUAGGUUUGCAAGUGUGGAGCAGUUUUGGAGUCUUUAUAGUCAUUUAGUCCGGCCAUCAGAAUUAACAACAUCUACAGAUUUUCAUCUUUUCAAAGUUGGCAUAAAACCAAUGAUGAGGCAAAUCAAAAAGGUGGUAAAUGGAUAGUACGAUUAAGAAAAGGUUUAGUUUCUAGAUGUUGGGAAAAUCUUAUAUUAGCUAUGUUAGGAGAACAAUUUAUGGUUGGAGAAGAGAUAUGUGGA